AUGGUUCGCGCCGUUUCCACCUUCGUCGCGGCUCUUCUGCCCGCCCUCGGCCUUGCAGCCCCCUUCGGCCUUGGCGGCAGCUCUACCGCCCCCUCUGGCACUUUCAUGGGUGUUCCCAUUUCCAACCUCGACGCCGCCGACUUGAUCCCCAACAAGUACAUCGUUGUCUACAACAACACCUUUGACGAUGAUGCUAUCGACAUGAAGCAGCAGUCUUUCAUCACCGCCAUCAAGAAGCGCAACAUUGGCAAGCGUGCCCUCGAUGGCCGUGAGCUGUCCACCUCCGUCAAGUCUUUCAAGAUGAACGGCUGGCGCGCCAUGACCAUGGAGGCCGACGACACCAUGAUCAUGAACGUCAUGAGUGCCGACGAGGUCGCCUACGUUGAGCAGGACGCCAAGGUCAAGCUGUCCGCUACCGUUUCUCAGACCAACGCCCCUCCCGGCCUUGUUCGCCUCUCCCACGCCGCCUCCGGCGAGACUGGCUACGUUUUCGACCAGUCCGGAGGUGAGGGUAUCACCGCCUACAUUGUCGACACCGGUAUUCUUACCACCCACUCCGAGUUCGAGGGUCGUGCGACCUUUGGUGGCAACUUCAUCAACAACGUGGACACUGAUGAGAACGGUCACGGCUCCCACGUUGCUGGUACUAUCGGUGGUCGCACUUUCGGUGUCGCCAAGAACGUCAACCUGAUCGGUGUCAAGGUCCUCGACGGUGACGGUGCCGGCUCCAACUCUGGUGUCCUCGAGGGCAUGCAGUUCGUUAUCGACGACGUCCAGAAGAAGAACCUCACUGGCAAGGCUGUCAUGAACAUGUCCCUCGGUGGUUCCCAGUCCCAGGCCGUCAACCGCGCUAUCCAGGCCCUGAACAACGCCGGUGUUGUCCCUGUCGUCGCUGCCGGUAACGAGAACCAGGAUGCUGGCAACACCUCCCCCGCCUCUGCUGCCUCCGCCAUCACCGUCGGUGCCAUCGAUGCCCGCAACGACCGCAAGGCUUCCUUCUCCAACUUCGGACAGGUCGUCGACGUCUUCGCUCCCGGUGUCAACAUUCUUUCCGUUGGUAUCACCUCCAACACUGCUACCAACACCCUCUCUGGCACUUCCAUGGCCUCCCCACACGUUGCCGGCCUCGCCGCCUACCUCAUGGGUCUCGAGGGCAUCAACACUGUCAAGGGUGUCACCGACCGCAUCCUCGCCCUCGCCGAGGCCUCUGGCGCCUCUGUCAAGGGCAACACGGCCGGUACGACCAACCUUAUCGUCAACAACGGCCAGCUCUAA